AUGAUAAUAUACCCGCUCAUCCUCAUCCUCCUCCCCUCCGCCACAAGGUUCACCACGGCCUACCCCUCCCCGGACCCAAAGUACCUGGGCCAGGGCCAAUGCACGUACGCGGGCCAGAUCGUGUGUGCGUCCGAAUCGACGUUUGCAAUCUGCGACGCGUCUCUCACGGGCGUCAUCCAGCCCCUGGCUGUGGGCGAUACACGGUGCGGCGACUUCGGGGGCCCUCCUCCUCCCCCCCCUGCUGCUGCCCCGUCUUCUACCACCCCAGCAGAUGCUCAGGGGACACUCGGGUUCAUGAAGACGAUAGAAUCAGCGAUAGCCACAUCCAGUUACACACCACCACCUGCGCCUCCCAAGUCAGCGGUUACGUCGCCCUCGUCGCCCUCGAAGAAGCCGCCGAAGCACCAAACCGCCUCCACACCCGCUCCACACUUCGCAGGGACAAGCCUCGCGGUGGUUCCCACGAGCAUUCCCACCGCGAUUGCUACGGCCGGUGGGCUGCCUCCAGCGGCGCCAGCGCCGCCGCCUCGCGACGGGUGUAAUCCGGGGAAAAGCACUUGCUCUGGCGGCUCAUGA